CAGCUGGAGGUGAUCAGACCUCAGCUCAUACAGGCUGGUUGGAGUGUUUCAGCCCUUCUGUGUCCUGCAGGUUCAGAUGUCCUGGUCGAGGUGUGUUCCAGUGUAGUCUGACUAGACUGGUGUUUGUUAUGGCUCAGGAGGCAGACCUGUUGUACCGGACUCUCCAAUGGGAUGAGAGCCUCCUUCAACCAGCUGGAAAAACAGCUGCAGGGCCGCUGUUCAACAUCACAUGCACUGAGGAUGCAGUCCAGGAGCUCCACCUGCCACACUGUGAAACAAAGGAGGCGCUGUGUGUUGAUGGCCUGCUGUCUGUUGCCCACAUCUCUGAUGAUGGGAUGAGCAUCUUGGAGCCGCUGAAGAUCACUGCCACCCAUGUGGUUGUAAAGGUCCCUCACCUCUCUGCCUUUGGCCUCAUCUGGGAUGUCUUUAAGCGUUUCCUGAACAUGGCAGAACCCAUAAAUGGCCAAGUUCUGCUGUUCUCCAUAUCUCUGGAGACAGGGCCUCGAAGAAUCAACAUGUUUCUACUGCAGGAAAAUAUCCCUUUAUCAGAGGUGGCUGCCCAACAAGGACGUGGAGCUGAAUACAUCCAGACCCCUGCUGACUGUCUUUUCAGCUUCGGUCAAAUGUACAGUGUCAACUGUGAACCUGAGAGCCUUAUAAUACAGCCAGAGCAAACACAAUUUCGCUCAAAGUUUGGCCCAAAUUACCAUCCAACAUUUCAAGUUUUCCUGAGUACAAAUCCAGAGAUUGUGACUCUGAUGGUCAAAGACCAAGAGGGGACAGAAACCUGGAAAUCAUCUGUUUACCUGCCAGCACCAAGAGCAGAAACCUUAAUGAGGAAUGUCCCAGAUGAGACACAACUCCCAGCAGAUGUCCACAAUUCGCUCACGGUUUAUUGACAGUGUGUCUGAAUCUGUUUUAAAUAAACUUCUGGAUAAACUCCUUGAGCAGCGUGUUAUCAAUAAUCAGGAGAUGGAAUCAGUCAGAUCACAGCAGAGCAGAGCAGAUAAAGCACGAGACGUGAUUGACACGGUGCGACGAAAAGGAAGUGAAGCCAGCUCACUUCUGAUCACUGCUCUCUGUGAGGAGGAUCGAUGCCUUUCCACAGAGCUGAACUUAAUGUGAAGGAACACAGACUUUUAAAGAAUCUGUGGAGCUGUGACAAUGAACCUAAAAUACCACUGACAGUGUCAUUGUUGUGAUCUUCAUGUGAGUUUGUGUGUUUUUAAACUGGACUUUAGUUCUGUGAAUGCUGAGCAGGAAAUUGGAUUGAUUGAGAAGAAGAGUCUGGGAUCAUUAUUAGUUCACAAACCAGAAAAUAUGUGAAGCUCCAUUAAUGCUGAACCACAUCAAUACUGAACUGGCGUCUGUUUUCAACAAUAUAACUGAAGCUAAUUUUACUUUUAAUGCUGGAAUAACCUACUGAAUAACAUUAUCAGUCUUUACAAUCUGUUUACUUAGGUUACUUAGGUUUUCUCGUCUGUGCUAGCUUCUGCUUUGUGCAGCACAUUGUCCUUCUGCCUGUAUAAAUAAAGUUUUGCUGCUUGCUUUCUUAUGCUGGAGUUUUAGAUUUUAUAGAUUUUAGAUAGAUUUUAAACGGUUUGAGCUUCUUGUUUGUCUGAUUGACUUUAUUUGUGUCUCAUAUCUGAAUCAUGUUGUC